AGGCUCCGACUUGCGUUCACUCAACGCCCGCAAUUAAGCGCGAAUUGCCCCCAAGCAAAAGCCAACCCGCCUGCAGAGCAAAGGUAUUCGGAAGGCCCGCCAUUGGCUACCAGACUUGCAAGCUGCUGGGCUUUGAUUGGCUGCAGGGCUUCCUUUGUUCCUUUCCCCGUUGCCGCAGAAGACGGAAGUUUGACUCUACUCCGCAGCAGCUGGAGAGAUGCAAAAAGAGUCCAGGAGUGAGCGGUGUGGAGCAAUCUCGCGAAACACAUUUCCUUUCUAACCACAUCCUUCUGUCAGUAAGGGUGGAGGAGGAAGGAAAAAGGCGUCUCUGUUGCAGUUCGUCCCGGAAUCUCGUGUUGUCUUGCUGAGGAUCCCGACAUGGAUUUGGAGGGCAAAAUCAAGAAGAUGGGCUUGGGACAUGAAGAAGGAUUUGGAGCCCAAUGUUUAAAAUGUAAAGAUAAAUGUGAAGGAUUUGAACUACACUUCUGGAGAAAAAUAUGUCGAAAUUGCAAGUGUGGGCAAGAGGAACAUGAUAUUCCCACCAGUAAUGAAGAUGACCGCAAAGUGGGGAAGCUCUUUGAGGAUACAAAGUAUACAACUCUAAUUGCAAAGCUGAAAUCAGAUGGUAUCCCCAUGUAUAAGCGUAAUGUAAUGAUACUGACUAAUCCUGUGACAGCCAAGAAGAAUGUGUCCAUCAAUACAGUAACUUACGAAUGGGCACCUCCUGUUCAGAAUCAAACCUUGGCGAGGCACUAUAUGCAGAUGCUUCCAAAGGAGAAACAGCCUGUAGCUGGCUCGGAAGGGGCUCAGUACCGCAAGAAACAGUUGGCCAAGCAGCUCCCUGCUCAUGAUCAGGACCCUUCCAAAUGCCACGAGCUGACACCUAAUGAGGUGAAGCAGAUGGAGCAGUUUGUGAAGAAAUACAAGACCGAAGCGCUGGGCGUGGGUGAUGUCAAGCUCCCCAGUGAAGUGGAAGGGAAAGCCGGGGAGAAGGAUAUCCUGAGUAAUGGCGAAAAGGGAACGUCCACUACCGUAGGAGCCAUGGAAGACCAGGCUGGUCAGAAAGGAACUCAAUAUUUCUGUUUCCGGUGCAAUCAAAAUAUGAAAGAAGGUGACCCAGCUGUGUAUGCUGAGAGGGCUGGAUAUGACAAACUCUGGCAUCCUGCUUGCUUUGUCUGCUGCACCUGCAGUGAACUCCUGGUAGAUAUGAUUUAUUUCUGGAAAAAUGGAAAACUCUAUUGUGGCCGACACUACUGUGACAGUGAAAAACCUCGCUGUGCUGGAUGUGAUGAGCUUAUUUUCAACAAUGAGUACACACAAGCUGAAGGUCAAAACUGGCAUCUGAAGCAUUUCUGCUGCUUUGAUUGUGACUGUGUCUUGGCUGGAGAAAUCUACGUCAUGGUUAAUGAAAAGCCCAUCUGCAAACCCUGUUAUGUGAAGAAUCAUGCUGUGGUCUGCCAAGGCUGCCACAAUGCUAUUGAUCCUGAAGUUCAACGUGUGAGUUACAACAACUUCAACUGGCAUGCUACCACAGAGUGCUUUCUGUGCUCCUGUUGCAGCAAGUGUCUGAUUGGCCAGAAGUUCAUGCCAGUAGAAGGAAUGGUUUUCUGCUCAGUGGAGUGCAAGAAAAAGAUGAUGUCCUAAUGGGAAGGAAACGAAACUGGGAACCAAGUUUUGCCUUAUUUGCCUAAAUCCUCUUCAUGUCUACUGUAUUGGGGGAUUUUUUUUUAACAAAAUCAAAAAUAUUAAAUGGCAGAAUCCAAAGAUUUUUAUAUUACUAACUUGAUUGCUUAUGAUUUAAAUUCUUAGGCACUUCUCAGUGCUCUUGGUUUCUUGUUGCAGGAUGUUUCUCAAGAUAGGGACUUCAACAUAUUCAUACACUUCAAAAAUGUCCUAUAGAGGGAUAUGGUACCUCAGGCCAUUAAAUUGGACUGCAUUUUCCAUUAUGAAUAGUUGUUGGACAUUAGAGUGAAUCCUGAUGAGAGUUGUGAUGAGAUAUUGUGGAAUCCCACAAUAUCUGGAAGACCAUUGGCUUUGUAUCUUGUCCUGUAGUCCUCAGAUUUUUCUUCUAUAUUUGACAUUAUACAGAUUCCUCAGUAACAAAAUAUUGAUUGGAUAUGUUGUAAACCUUAUGCCUUAUACUGACAUUUUCCAACCUAAUGCAUUCAAAUGUGCUUUGUUAAAAUUCUCACACUUGCCAGUUAAUAAAAUACACCAAUAGUGUCCCUAUAGUGUGAGUCUCAUACUGAAUUGUACUGUUUUAGACUCCAUGAAUAUAUGCACACAUGAGCUUAGUACUCCAUUUAUUGCAACUCCCUGCAUUUGCCAUUAUAGCAUAGCAUAGGAAUUAACACUUUUGAUAUUUUUAUAUCAAGGAGUUUUUAAAGGGUAACAUAACAUUCCAACAACUGAACUCUUUGCCUUUAGAGCAGGGAUCCUCAAACUAUGGCCCGCCGAAGCCAUUAAUCUGGCCCACAUGUGACAAUGAGGCUGCCCCACCCACAUCACCCCACUUACCGCCGGCCCCCACCUGCCUUCUGGAGGCCAAGGCCAAAACGUGAUGCGUGGAGGCCUCAGGAGGCCAAAAACGGGCCCAUUUUGGGCAGCAGAGUAGUACUGGAGUGGUACUGUUACCCUCCCCAGCCUUCAGAGAGGGAAGGAGGGAGGGAGACACACACACACAGAGACAGAAGUCCCUCACCUGCCGUCAAGGCAGCCACAUCUCUUUGCUAACCUGCUUUCCACCCCCAGGAGCAUAACAAAUUAAAGUUUAAUUUGUGUGUAUUUAAUGAACUGCUAAAUCGGCCACACCCACCCAGUCAAUGACCACCUAGCCACACCCACCCAGCUGUUCCAGCCCCCCCCAACAGUCUGAGGGACCAUGAAUUGGCCCCCUGUUUAAAAAGUUUGAGGACCCCUGCUUUAGAGUAUUAUAGUAGAGUAAGGUAUGUGAUAGUGGCAAAUAUCUGUAGCUUGUGUGUAGGAUGACAGUGGACAUUCGUUCUCCGAGCUUGUGGAUUGGUUUCCAAAUGUUUUAUUACCAGGCUAGGUAGCUUCUUUAGGGGAUAGUUUUUGUGUGGUAGUUGACUGUGUGGUGCGUUGUGGUUUGGGAGAUGUGUGUUGGAAUACAAAUUUUUUUUUGUGAAGAAAGACUGAAGAUGUUACUUAGCCUGGUAAUGAAACAUUCGGAAACCACCCACAAGCUAGGAGAACGAACCUCCACACUCGCAGUAAGGUAAUAGUAGGCAGCAGCCUUCAAGCAUAAUUCAGAUGAUUCUUUUGAAAGCUUUUUAGCUCUCAUUACAACAACAGAUUGUAGCAUUUACUAAUUCUGGCUGAUGCUUAAAAACAUUAAGCAGCACUAAAUAUAAUUAGUAUUUAUGUUAGAGAUGAUGAAGUUCCAGGACUGUAGGCUGGACAUGGACAUAGAAAAAAAAAAUAUCCUGGAAAAAGGAAGAGGCCAGCUAUGGUUUUGCCAAAGUGUCUUAAUUUAGUUUUUAAUGGGCUUUGGAGACAAAACACUUGACAUUUGUCAUUAUUUUUCAGUAUUUACUUAAGUACACAUUUUGCUCUUUAAGCUUAGAAUGUGAACCUGUGGAGCCGGAUGUAAAUAUGCACUAGUCUUUUCAUCCUGUUUUUUUUCAGGAGAUUGAAUUUAUUGUUGAAUGUGGCCAGUUUGCCUUGAGCAACGUAAAACCUUUGAUAUUAGGGACAUUUUGCAAUUGCCUUUUGUUCCCCAGAUUAUUGAUUUAAUUUUUUGUAAUCAACAUAUCAGCAAAACCAGGAUUUUGAAAUCUUCAUUAGCACAAGCUCUUUUUUGUUUUUUUUGUUCUUUACUGCAACAUUCUUAAAAUAUCAAGAGAUCUAAUUAAUUCCCUGAGCAAUGAGGACACGGGCUGCAAUUCCAAUGGACUUUUGAAAGUACAAAAAACCAAACUGCUCUGUCAUGCUUUGCAAUAGCUCUGGGUUUGUUACUUCCCCUUAUACUGUGUUGCUGAAUCAAGUUAGGUCAAAAAAGCCAUUUGAAGGACCUUCAUUCAUGUAGAGUGUAAAUUGCCCCUGAAGCUGGUAUAGAGGCUAUGUUUGCUGGGCAUCCCGUAAUUCCCAGAUCCUUUUUUCUCUUCAUGUAUUGUAAGGGGUAUCUUUUCAAUGUGAUGUUUAUUGUAUGCACGCUGGUUCUCUUCUGAUUUAGAAUUCUUAAACAAAUCCACUUGAGUGAAGGCGGCUUCCAGUUGCUAACAUUUGCUCAGUCAAGAGUCCCAGAGAUAAGCAUACAUCUGUCCUCCCCUCAUAUAUUCUAGAAUGUAUCCAAUCAAAUAUUAAUUAAAACAAUAAUAUGCAUAAAUCGGAAGCUAGUCUUUUGCCAAACAAAGGGCCAAUGUCCUACAUACUUUGUUUCUAGAGAUGCCCCUGGACUUGAUCUGCAAAUACAGACUACAGGGGUUUUUUUGGCAUAUGCCUAUCUGCCAAGAACAAACCUUGGGAACUUUUAAGACAUAUGCAUUUCCAGCCCCAGAAUUCCCAAGCCAGCAUGGGGAAUUCUGGAAGUGGAACUCCACACAACUUACAUUUGCCAGUUCUGGGAAAACCUAACCUAAAAUAAAGCCUAUGCAUGUGUGUAUAUAGUCACAGAGAGGAACGUUGCCAGGUUGUAGGGAGCAUUUAAGGGGGUAGAAGAAAGAGUGAGGAAUAACUUCACCAGUUUGCAUUCUAGUCAAUUAUAUCUUCAUCAUGGCAAUUAUUUUGUAUAUGGAUAUGGUUUCUCAAGAAUUUGAAUUGGUAAUAGCUGUGAUAUAUUCUAAGAUGUUCAAAUCUGAUAUAGAAAAAUCAAACAAUCCUGAACUUAUUUUUGAUGAAUUCACCAGAAAUUGAAGUGAGUAAACCAAGAAAUUACCUCAUUUCAUAUCUGCUCAGCCAGUGUCUCAUUUGACAUUCUUUUGAGCUGUGGAAGCUUAAUGACAACUUGGAAUGUACUGAGAAUGAACUUAAUAGCUGAACUUCUGUUUUCCAUGAAAAAAAAUAAAUUCAGGUUUAGUAUCCUGGUAGGACUGGUCAGUUCCUUUAUGUGAAAUCCUGUAGAGUAGCUGUCAGUUUGUACAGGAAAUAUGAUUCAGUUUGAUCACUGGGCUGACUCAGAGUUAUAUACCAAGCUUUGGUUAUGUAUGAUGUAAUAAGCAGCACAGGUAGAAGGUUGGCUUUGUAAACCUUAUAAACUUAUAUAUCCCAGCUCUUCUGACUAGUAACUGUAUGCAUAUAAGAAAUGCUCACAAAUAAAAUAUGUUGCCAGAAUUAAAAAAUUUUAGCUUUA